GUCGGGGAACCAGGUUAGGGUACAUAACAGAGCGGGACGGAACACGUAGUGGUGAUGGACUGUUCGCAGGUUUGUGUGACGCUCUGUCGGGAUCAACGGUUAUGGCCUGAUUGGCUUCUUACUCUCCGAUCCGCUCACGCGGAUGGCGUUCCGCGCCUCGAUAGUCUCCUGGAUCCCGGGUGUUGGGCACCGAUGGGCCGGUUUGGCUAUGUGGGACACCGCGAAGUGGAAACAAGGAAGGGAGGGACUAAUAUGUGAUAAUAUAAGAUGAUGAUGAAAUGGAGGGCCGCCUUUCAUCCAGUGGUUGGUGG